AUGGGCGCUAUCAACUCCAUUGCCCAAGCAGGUCCGUCCAUUAUUGCACAAGCUCUACCUGCUCUCAUCAACGGCAUGAACCCCGUGUCAGCUGUCUCAUCCAUAGCCGGAGCCUUCGGUCAGGCCGCAAGCCAGGGUGCCGCUAACGCACCCGGCGGAAAUCCUCUGGUGUCUUCAAUGAUUGGCGCAGUAGCGGGACAAGCUGCCAGCACCGGUGCGAAAUCAACUGGAGUCCUUGCAGCAGCUUCGAAAGAGGUCGCACCUCCCGCUGACCCUGCUUACUCGACCGCUCCUCUCAUUGCACCUUUCAUCAAUGACUUCUAUGCAUACUUAACUAGUGGUCCCGACAAUGGUAUCGAUUGGACAAAAUUCAAAGACUCCAAGAAGGAUGCAGAUGGCAAGAUCCAAAAAGCCCAUGGCAUCACAUGGCUCCUCACGAAUGUGAAGCAACAAGAGAAGUCGGCUCGACUUGGUACUGGACAGCCGAGCGUUGACCUCAAGGAUGCGUUUGCUAAGACGAUCAAGACGAUUGAGUCCAUCAAAGCUGAAGUGCUCAAGUCCUCCGAUCUAGGAUCCGAAAAGACUUCUGUAGAUACGAUCAAGACCUGGCAAGCGGAUAUGAAGGAAGUCAAGGCAACGGUUCUCCAGCUCGACACCACCGCCAAGUCGUUCCCUGGGACUUCGACAAGCACUCCCCAGAUGCGAAACCUUAAGAUCGACGUGCCGAAAACGGAUUACACGGCUCAGAAUGCAGCGCUCAGUGCUGCCACCGAGAAACUCGCCAUCAACCAGAAGGCUCUUGAAUCCUCCCAGCAAAACUAUCAAGCCGCAGCCGAGAGCGCUCUCAAGGUACAGCAAGAACUUACCGCCAUUCAAACGAAGCUCAAGGGUCUUGAAGUCGAAGGACAAACGCUUGAGAAAGUCAAGGAGAUCCUCGUAGACUGCAUCGCCACGCUAGUCCAGCUCAAAGUCCAAAUCAACAAACUGAAGAGUUUCUUCGGCGCCCUGUCCACCAUGGUGCGCAUGGUCGUCCAGAACAAGGUCAAGAAGUUCGACGAAGACGUCUCCAGCCUUGCCACAGAUGCAAACAAAAAGCAGAUCCUACGCUUGACAGACAUGGACAUUGAGAUCAUCUACAGUAGCACGCUCCAGAUCAAGGCGUACUUCGAGCUGCUACAGACCAUCGCUCGCAUGUACAGCACGAUGCAUGUGGAGCAUGUUUCCAAGGGCAUCGAUCUCGUGUGGGAUCUCAGCCAGGUGCUCAAAGACGAGAGCCAGGUUCGGGCGAAGCGCGACGCGCUGAAUAAUUGGGCUGAGGCCGCGUCUAGGGCUAUCAUGAAGACUAUUGGUGAGAAGCAGAACGAGAUCAAGGAAGGGUUGAGAGAGCGUAUCGACAAUAUUGCAGAGCAGACGCAGAUGCUGGAGAAAGCCGGUGUGCCGAAGCCAGAUCCGGUGUUCGUCGCUGCUAUGAAGACUGGAGCUGCUACUGUGACGGAGCAUGUUGACAAGAACAUCUCGCGGGGUCUCGCGGUGGAGGUGAACGAUGAUAUCAGUUGUUAG